GGAAGGGAUGUUUGAUUCUGCAGGACGAUGAAAACAAAAACGGAUUUUCCAAAAUUCAAAAAUGUAGUUGGUCAAUCGACAUUGGUACAAUUUUGCCAGGGGUGCAAAUAAAUAAGGCCCCGUGUAGGAGUUUUCUAUGAUGCACCCAAAUGUAUAUCAAGCCUUUUCUCUGGCCGAAGCAUCUUAAAGUAAAUCGUCAUGGACCUUGGGAUUUGAGAGUGUUGUUUUACCACAGCUCUGAAGAACCUAAUGAAGAGCUCCCAUCUGAAUGGUAUCAAAGGGCAUUUCCAAAGCUGAGAAAAUUGUGUCAUUCCUUGAGAAAUGUAGAUGAAGUAGAUGGAAGGCUAGUUCAUGUUGAUGACGAGUCAACCAUCAGGGAUGAACAUGUCAUACACAAAAUGCAUACUUUCAAGUCACUUGCUAGGGCCUUCCUUGGGUCUCCUGCUGUGCAGCAAACAUCAAAUAAUGAGGUACUUGCCACAUUGGCAGCCACAGGAUCCGUACCCAAAACUUGCUUCAGUAAGGCAGAUGAAAGAGAACCCUUGAUACUGAAUUCUCUUACCAAGGUGUGCAACUAUCUCAAUAUAUCUGCACAACAAAGAAAAUCAGUGCGACUUACAAUGUGCCCACAGGUCACACACCAUCGUAUAUGGACAGGAGCAAUAGAAGAGAUAUUGAGGGGUUUGAAGUCUGAGAUGGAGUCAUUGAAUAACAGAGUCCCACCAAAAGUUGCGCACAUGGCUGAGCAGAUAGUCUCUAACUGUUUAUGCUUCUUGGCUGACACAUCCAUAUCUUCUGACCCUGAUUCUGUUUCUUGGAUUCGGCUCACGCCCACAGAGAAGGCCAAGUCUGUACCUUCCCACCAAUGGGGAGAUAUCCUCGAGAUGUUCAACGACCUCACAAAGUGCUUGAGAAGUGAAACGAAAAUGUUAUACCAUCUGCCAAAGGUUGAGGUUAUGAAAGAAGGUUUGUUUCAGAUCAAGGAUGUAUUGUUGGAUAGAGAUCUUGGAUACAAGGAAGCUCGUCAUCAGGAAAGCUUGGUGCAAAAGAAACUUUCAAAAUCUUUGGGUCAUUCUUCCCAUUGCCUUUUCACUCUGUUGCAGUAUUAUCUCUAUGGCCGUGUUCAAGAUUCUGAAGUAGAUUUUUGUGGGGGUGUCUACCGGGGUGGUGUUAAAGGUAGCGUUUGCUUGUGCAUUGGUAAGGUUUUGACAUCAGAUGAGGAGAAGGUGGUGUGCAGCAAUAUCAAGCAGUUGGAUAGGGCUCUUGGGCUUUUUAGGUUUGUUUGGGAAACAGCUGGAAUGAAAGAGGUUUUAGAGUUGCAAGGCCAUCUCUGGUAUGUUGGGGCUGAGGAUCGGACACUUACAUGCAGAGGAAACAUCUUCUUCCUACGCGCAACUAGAAUCUGAUGGGAUUUGAAUUGAGCUCCAUGCCCU